UAUGAAUCUGAAGGCCAUGUUUUGUGAUGGACAGGAAUGGGAAAGGCUGUAACCUGAUGGUUUCUCCAUUUAGCAUGGCUCAGAUUUCUCCACUGAAGGUCCACACUCCUGUAUCUCUCCAUCCAGACUCAAACUCAGCUCAGAGUCUCCGCCGGCAGGUGCUCACCAAUGGGAAACUGGGCUUUCCACAACCAUCACAUGCUCUUCAUCAACAGGCUCCACAGAUUUCACUCCCAGCAUCCUCCUCUUCCAAACAGUCUGCUCGACAAUGCUGUCCGGAUAGCGGUAUGAAAGGUUACAGGAGGGUGUUUGGGUCGUGCGGCGGCUCAAACCUGCAGGUCUCCAGCAGUGCUUUUCUGGUCCAGAGUCUCAGUCCUGCUUCUGCGUCCAUCACACACUCUUCAGCACAAACCGGCCCGCAGAACACACUCACACUGCCCUUCAAUGACGCCAGGUGUUUGCUGUCCAGAGAGUCUCUGGCCUCCACCACCCUCAGUCUGGCCGAGACUCAGUCUGUGCGCAGCAGUAAACUGGACUGGCCUUACGGCUACCGGGUCCUUCCACCUCUGGGCCACCAAACCGCCAAUCAGACAUCAGAAUCCACUGUGCCUGAAUCCUCCCUGUCCGAAAGCGUCUCCAACCCUGCAUCUCUACCUCAUUACCUCUUCAAGGAAGACGGCAGCAGUCCGCGCCUCUCGGCCCGCUCAAAGAAGCGAGCGCUGUCUUUAUCCCCACUGUCGGAUGGCCUGGGUCUGGACCUGAACUCCAUCAUCCGCACCUCGCCCACGUCUCUGGUGGCCUACAUCAUCGGCUCCAGGAGCUCCCCGGCAUCCCACAACACCCCGUCCCCACUGCAGGCAGACGUCUGUGGGCAUCUGUUGGGCAUCAGAGGCAGCGGCAUCCCUCCAUCCAGCAAACACAGCAUCUCCGUCAGCGAGAGCCUCCGCAUGCAGCCGCUGGAGGACCAGUUCACCAACCUACUAGUGGAGCAGCAGAUUCUGCAAGACCCUCAAACUGCAAAGGCCAGUCUUUCCCAUACGCUUCAGUUUGAGGUGUCCAGGAUCGUCCCGUCCCCCAACCCACCCCGGGGCCCGCCACCGCCCUACAGUGCCCACCAGCACCAGCAGCAGCCACGGGUCUCGCAGCUCCAGCGGCCGGCGGGGCUUCAGCCGAUGCUGGAGGAGGAGGAGGAGGAGGAAGAGUCCUGCGGCGGGACACACUGCUGCUGCUGGCUGCACUGCGGAGCCAUCUACAGCCACCGGGAUGCGCUAGUCAAACACAUCGAGAAAAUCCACGUGGACCAGCGCAAAGGAGAGGACUUCACCUGCUUCUGGGCCGGCUGUCCGCGCAAACACAAACCCUUCAACGCACGCUACAAACUGCUGAUCCACAUGAGGGUGCACUCGGGGGAGAAGCCCAACAAGUGCUCGUUUGAGGGCUGUCAGAAGGCGUUUUCCCGCCUGGAGAACCUGAAGAUCCACCUGAGGAGCCACACAGGUGAGAAACCCUACGUGUGUCCACAUCCCGGCUGCCAGAAAGCCUUCAGCAACUCCAGCGACAGAGCCAAACACCAGCGCACGCAUGUGGACACGAAACCGUACGCGUGUCAGAUCCAGGGCUGUGGAAAACGCUACACCGACCCCAGCUCUCUGCGCAAACACAUCAAAUCUCACUCGCUGAAGGAGCAGCAGGCCCGGAAGAAGUUGAGACGCAGCUCAGAUCUCAGUCAGGACGGACUCAGCGAGUGUUUGACGGUUCAGCCACUGCAGCACAGCCUCUCCACACAGGACCUGAUUGAGAGCAAGCACCACUCACCCACAGACGACCUCUACACCGUCUUCACCCUGAACCAGCCGAGUCAAACAAACACCCUGAACAGCCCAAUGCAGAUCGCAGCCAGUCCACAGACUCAUCAAACUCAUCAUCAGACUCACCAGACUUAUCAGAUCCAGCAGAUUCCUCAGACCCAUCAGAUCCAGCAGACUCAUCAGGCUCACCAGAUCCAGCAGAUUCACCAGACUCAGACUCGUCAGACUCACCAGAAUCAUCAGAUCCAUCAUCAGACUCACCAGAAUCAGACUCAUCAGGCUCACCAGAAUCAUCAGAUCCAUCAUCAGACUCACCAGAAUCAGACUCAUCAGGCUCACCAGACUCAUCUCUCUCCGCAUGGGCCGCUGCCACCAUUACCGGGAAACAACAGGUUUCACAGCCACAAAGCUCCGGGAUACUGCAGUCAGCCCAGGACAUCUGCUCAGGACGGUUUCUCGGCUGUGUUUUCAUACGCUGACUCAGACAAACACAUCUCCUCCUGCUCCGUCAUGCAGACGCCCAUGUUUGAGGACAAUCUGAGCUCGUCGCCUCAGAUCCACACCAACAUCUCCGCGGUGCUGGACUGCCAGAGUGGCACUGAAGGCUUUAUAGGAGAGCAGGAGCCUUCAAUGUCGGAGGACAAUUAUCUUCACAUCCCGAGAUGUCUGAGCCGGAUCUCCUGCGUGUUCACUGAAGGCUGAGCGUCUCCUCCACACUCUGAAAAACAUGCUAUUACUUACAGCUUCUGUCUUGUUUAUGGUCCAAAUAUCUGACAAUUCU